AUGGCAGACGAACGGAGGCACUGGCAGGCAGUUAUCAAGGCGUUCGAUGGGUAUCAGCACUAUCAUAUGUCGGCGCAACAUGCCCGCAAGAUGAGCGUUCUUACGCUGCCCAAGGCGGAGAAGGAGUUAUACAGAAUGCUCGGGUACAUGGACAAGGUCGAAGCCGUAGACGAGGGUAUACGGCAAAACCAAGAGUUCCUGGACGAGAUGAUUGCCAACCCAGUCUUCUCAGAGAUGCUCAAAGAUCCCGAACCCGAAGACGUUGGUCAUUCACACGCUGAAGAGUAUUCGCACGACCACAGCCAAGGUCACUCCCACUCUCACUCUCAGCCCCAAUCUCAAACCGCGUCCCGCCCGGGGUCCCCCUCCAAACCAUCUCGUUCACAGCUCGACGCCGCCCAAGACAAAGUCCGCUCCACGCUUCGCUCUUUCGUACGCGACUGGUCCCCUCUAGGCCAACCCGAACGCGACGCCUGCUACCGCCCCUGCCUCGAAUCGCUCGAAAAGCACUUUCCUUCUUUCCACGACUAUCCCGAGGGAGGGGAGGUAGAGAUUGAUGUAGAUGUGCAGGGGCAGGUAAGAAAGGAGAAGCGGAGGGUAAGGAAGAGGGAGGAAGUGAAGGUGCUUGUACCUGGGUGUGGGCUGGGGAGGCUGGCUAUGGAGAUCGCUUCGCAAGGAUUCACCGCCCAAGGCAACGAAUUCAGCACAUACAUGCUGAUAGCAUCCGAUUGGGUCCUCAACCAGACGACCCGCCCAAACUCACACACCAUCUACCCCUUCCUCCACUCCUUCUCCAACCACCUCACCACCGAACAUCACUUGCUCCUCUCCACCACCAUCCCAGAUGUAUGUCCUUCUGACGUCUUUGCGGGCACUCCCCACGCCGGAGGUGGAGAAAAGUAUAAACCGGGGGCGUUUUCGAUGGUCGCUGGUGAUUUUGAAGAAAUCUACGGCCAACCGUCUUCCUCCUUCAACAGAGAAGACGGCGGAGACAAAGAAGACGAGAAGGAAGACCAAACAGGCCAAUGGGAUGCCAUCGUGACAUGCUUCUUCAUCGACUGUUCUCGCAACAUCCUCAACUACCUCCGUACCAUCCACAACCUCCUCCCUCCCCUUACCCCUUCUUCGCCCUCUUCCCCGGGAGGAGGAGGAGGCGGCGGGGUGUGGAUCAAUAUCGGCCCGCUGUUGUGGCAUUUCGAAAACUCGCCAACGACUUCGGCGAAAGGAGAGAGGAGUGUGGAAUUGAGUUUGGAUGAAGUAAAGCAGUUGGGCGAUUUGGUGGGGUUUGAAUUCCAAGAAGAAAAGAUGAUCAAGUCGACAUACACCAGCCCGCCGGAGAGCAUGUUGAGGCAUGAAUACACUACGGCAUUCUGGGUAGCCACAAAGAAAGAGCCCCGCGUACUCAUCAAAGGCGACAAAGUCGUGCCCAACCCGCGAUACACCGAUAACAAAAGCGCAUAA